GACGACUCCAUUAACUGAAUAGUAUCUACCCGGCAUGACAGUAUGUGCUGUGUACGUACGUGAAUACUGGCUUAUCUCUAACCGACGCCAUCCAAUGCAGGUAACCUAGGUGGGACGCACUUAUUUUACCUAGUACUAAUGAUCACCCCCCCACUCUUGUCAGUAAUAGGUGACAUCUUAAGAGAUAGCAAGAGUGGGGCGCGGUAGAAAAGAAGCAAAACCGUCUAUCUCGAUUGGAGGAAUACUGAGAAUUGUGAGUUCGAGCGCGGCACUGUCGCUCGGUAACGGAAAGGUAUUCUAACUCUUUUGAGAAAGAAGGCUCAAUUACUAGACUUCCGUGAUCUAUACGUUUCUCUGUCGUCUGUCACCCCCCUUCCCCCACCCGCUCUUCUCUCUCCUCUUUCCCUCCCUUUCUUAAACCCUUCGGGAGAAUGGGGGACUGUACAUCCUUAGAACGGGUCCACAUGAGACAGUCUUGAAAGUGGUGAAUGAAAUACAAUCCUCGUGUCCUAUUGUGAUACUGCUCGAGAUGCAGCGAACCAAACGUAGAGUCAGGGAUGGAGAUGGUACCAGGCGGUUGUUCACUUGCACUCAAGAUGGAUGUGGGAAAUCCUUCUCGCGAUCUGAGCAUCUCCACCGCCAUCAGAAAAAUCAUACCGACGGCGACGCAACCUGUUCGCGGUGUCGCGCCCACUUCAAGCGUCAGGACCUUCUCGAGAGGCACAUGAGCAGGCAUAAGCAGAAAGACGAGGAAGCUGGUGGUGAAGGCACCGGUACUUUGAACACGCGCAAGCGCAUGUGGAAGGACCAUGACGGACGAAUUGUCCAGAAAAAGCCCAUCGAGAACCCGCCUCUUGAUACUACUGGCCUAGAGGCGCCGUUUGCGCGACAGGUAGAAGGGCCUAUUUCACCUCCCGUGUCGUCCAACUCGGAUCAUCCUAACGACAACGACCCAAUACACACGGCUUUCCCUAGUGACCAGAGCCUUUUGCCGGAUUACACCCUAUCAACGGAACAGUUUGAAUCUCAAAGUCCUGACGGAUAUUGGAUUCCGCCGGAGGCAUCUCAACCACGGAGUAUCGCGCCCCCUUAUCUCGAAAUAAACUACGACGAAGUCUUCCAACCUGAUACUGCAAGUUCAUUUAAUAUGCCGUAUACGACACAAAUUAACUAUGAUUGGCUUUUCAGUUUAGAUCAUAAUUUUGGUGGCAAUGCCGUCUCGCAGGCCCCUUAUGCUUCUGCCACAUCCUUAGCCUCGUAUUCUUGCGGCAUGCAACAACACCCUGGAUCUAUGGGGAUAAGCCAGGCCGAUCCCUCACCAGAGGUUAGGCAAUACGACAGUAGCACGACUGAAAGCCCCCUAGCAUCUAUGGCUUCACUUGAUUACGUGCGCGCAACGGGAAGUACACAUAGUCUAACAAGCCCCAGCCUCUCAGACGAGCCCGCACUUAGUCUCUCACCGGCGGCGAAGCAGAAUACCCCUGAAGGCUAUAGAAGGACCUCUGAGGUAGAAUUCGAACGUCCCUUAGCUGCACUUCAGUCGUCGAAUCGACUUCCGUUUAUAGAUGGUUACGCUUAUGCUCAGAUCUUGGAGACCAUUAAAGCUGCCAGGCCGUUAGCGCCAGACGGCUCUCUUCUAGAUGCCAACCAUCCCCUAUUAUCCCAUUCUUCAUUGCAGUCGUAUUGUGACUUAUACUUCAAGAGGUUCAACUCCGCCUAUCCAUUAAUUCACCAAGCCACCUUCGAACCCAACAAAAAGGAGCCCUUAUUACUUUUAUCUUUAAUCUUGCUCGGUGCUACCUAUUCUGAGAAGGAAGCGCAUCAACUCGCAGUCUGCAUACACGAUGUAAUCCGACCUGCCAUAUUUUCUCACGCCAGCUUCAACCCCAAACCAAAGCUUUGGAUGCUGCAGACGAUCCUGCUGGUUGAGUGUUUCGGAAAGAGCCGAGCUGGCCAGAAACAGCACGAUAUGAGCCACCUAUUCCAUGGGAUGUUGAUCAAUUUAAUCAGGCGGUCCGACUGCCAAUCGAUUCGGCCAACCCGACCUUGUGACGGUAUUAUUAGAGAGGAAUUGAUGAGUGACCGUAGCUGGAGACAAUGGGUAGAGGCUGAAGAGAAGAAGAGGCUAGCUCUCCUUUGCUUUAUGUGGGAUACGCAACAUGCCGUCCUAUUUUGCCAAUCGCUCUGCAUGUCGGCCUUCGAACUCAGACUGCCUCUCCCAUGCAACCAGGCGUUAUGGGAAGCACCUACAGCCGCCGAGUGGUCGCGUCUCUCGUUAUCUACUACUCACGAGCCGAUGUAUCUCCUGGCAUUAAAAUCGUAUAUCACCCUUGACGCGCACCGGGUUCCUCUUCAUAAUAGCCUUUCACGUAUUAUAAUUUUCCAUGGCCUGAUGUCUAUAUUUUGGGAUAUGCGGCGACGGGAUCAAACCAGCCUCGGGGUUAUAUCGCAAGGGGGACGGUGGCAGAGCCGUCUUGCUGCAGCAUACGAGGCUUGGAAAGAGGAUUUCGACAGCUUCUGCGUUCGCCUGGAGGACCUAACGCUUGAUGAGAUGAGAAAGGGCGCCGUUUCCGAGAAUGCAAAAGUUGAACUGGACGUCUGGCGAACUGCUUAUGUAGCGGUUUAUCAUGCUGCACAUGUGCUACUGCACUCCGAGUUUCUCGACAUUCAAAUAUUCGCAGGCGCGCGGCAUAUCUUAGGCCGUUCAGUCCAGCGAGCCGACUUCAUGCGCUCCGAGAAAGUGGUAAAGCGAUGGGCUACUCAUGCCACUCAGAGCCCUGAAAGCGCUGGUGGACCCGCGGACGCUGCCUCUGCGGCUUGGCACGCUGCCCAGCUCCUUCAAAAUGCAUCACAGACUCUCGUGGAUUUUGAUUCUAUGGGUCUGUUUCAUGUACCGUGGUGCUUGUAUCUAGCUACCUUAACGAUCUGGACAUUCCACCAUACUGGAGCGAGGGGAUCAGGUUCCGGCCCCGAUGAUGAUAGCGAACUAGUCUGGGACGCCCCGGCGGAGAUGCGCGCCUUAGUAGACUCGAUGGUGGAAGUAGGCAUCGAAGGCUUGACCGAAGUGCAGGGAACAAAGCGGACUGGCGGGCUGGUGUGGAUUAUUGCGGAGGUGUUGAGUAAAGUCCGCUGGGGAAUUGUUCACGCUGGCGUUACCGUGCUCAGGGGGCUAGUUCCGUGGAGAUCAAUAGGCCAGUUCGAUGAUGCUACUGCUUGAGUACGAAGACCUAAAUAUGUAUAUCAACAUAACUCUUCAAAUAUGGGCAGAGAUCCCUUGGACGUACCAAAUUUGCCUAAGCAGGAUGAUUGUGUGCUCGAGUGCCGUAGGCACUGCAGUGUGAGUUACUCGUCUUGGACGGACCGCUUAACCGAGAUUUUAAUCCUUCAGGGUAUUUAUACACCGAAUAAACACCUGCCUAGAACAGAUACCAAGAGACAGCUAGGGAUAUUU